CGGAAAUAAACGGCAGAUAUUUCUCUUGCUUCUCUUCUCUGCUCUCUUUGGCUGUCAGUAUGGUCGUUCUGAAAGGAAUCCCGUCUGUUCUUUCUCCUGAACUGCUGUAUGCUCUGGCUAAAAUGGGCCAUGGGGAUGAACUGGUUCUUGCUGAUGCAAACUUUCCAACAUCCUCUGUUUGUGCUUGUGGUCCAAAAGAAAUAAGAGCUGAUGGUUUGGGAAUCCCACAACUUUUGGAGGCUAUUUUGAAGCUCUUGCCCCUGGAUACCUAUGUCCCCUCUCCGGCUGCAGUCAUGGAUCUGGUAGACAGUGACAAAGAGAGAUGCUUGGAUGUCCAUGUGUGGUACACCUACUCAGGGCUCCUGAGUCAGGCUGAAUCCUAUAGUUCUCUUGAGAAGGUCGAAAGGUUUGCUUUCUAUGAACGAGCCAAGAAAGCGUUCGCUGUUGUGGCAACAGGGGAAACGGCACUGUACGGCAACCUGAUACUGAAGAAAGGGGUCAUUCCCCCUGAGUUUUUAGACUGACGUACACACACACACACACACACACACAGACGCACAGGCCUGCACUUACACACAAACACACGCAGGCUCACACAUUUUAAGUUAAAAAAUAAUUUCUCUGUGUUAAUGUACAGUCAUUACUAAUCUGAGGGAACAGAAAAGCUUUUGAUUUUUUCUAAAUAACUUCUGCAUUGUACACACAUUUCAAUAAACAAAAAAUAUAAAGUCUUUGA